CUGCCUUUCUCCCUCUUCCUUCCUUCCUUCCUUCCUUUCUCUAGCAAAGGCCGGCCAGGGUCUGACUUAGGCCUGGUUUUUGUUUCUGGAGAAGCGUCUUCUGGCCAGAGCCGGUGGCCAUGGAGAUCGGCACCGAGAUCAGCCGCAAGAUCCGGAAACUUCUUGUAGGAAACUGUAUUAAAAUAUAAACAACCCGCAACCCACACACAUCAUUUCAGGUGUAUCCCAAAUUCAAAGUGCUAUAAAGGGAAAGCUACAGGAAUUAGGAGCAUAUGUUGAUGAAGAGCUUCCUGAUUAUAUCAUGGUCAUGGUGGCCAACAAGAAGAGCCAAGAACAGAUGACAGAGGAUCUUUCCCUCUUUCUAGGAAACAACACUGUGAGAUUUACUGUUUGGCUUCAUGGUGUGCUAGACAAGCUUCGAUCAGUAACUACAGAACCUACGAAUCUGAGAUCUUCUGAAACUAGCACCUUUGAUAGCAGCCUGCCUUCUGGCAAAAGCACAUCCUCCGGGAGUGAAGAGAGAAGUGGGGAAGAGAUCCUGCAACCUCUUACAGUCACAAGUUCUCGGCCAGAAAGGACAGACUCUCGUGUUUCAACCAGCUCCCAGGAACAGAGUGCUGCUGUUACUCGGCAGCUCGGCCAAGAUGGCUCCCCAACCCUCUUGAUGUCAACUGUGAAACCUCUGAGAGAGCUGUCUCCUUUGGAAGCUGUGAUUGACAUUAAGCCAGAGCCAGACGAUCUCAUUGAUGAAGACCUCAAUUUUGUGCAAGAGAAUCGCUUGCCCCGAAAGAAGCCUCUUGUGACAGUGACUUACGGCUCUUCACGCCCAUCUGCUGAGAUUUACCGCCCACCAGCCAGCCGAAACACUGAAGGCAAUGUUCACUUGCAGAGGUUGUCUCAGCAGAGCAACCUACAGACUGCCAGGCAGCUUGAGAUCCAGGGUGGCAGAUCACUGGAAACCAUCCAGCUCUGCGAUCCAGACGUGUUUGGCAGUUUGACGGAGAGUUACAGGCCCCCUUCCAAGGGGAACGCUGAUAAAAUUAGCAGUGAGGAAGAAACUCUGAGGAAGAGAAAACUCCCGGUUGUUAGCUCAGUAGUCAAAGUGAAACGGUUCAGUAAUGAUGGGGAGGAGGAAGAGGAAGAGGAAGACUAUGGGUUACGACUAGGAAGCAUCUCCAGCAGUGUCUCGGUGCCUGCAAAACCUGAGAGAAGGCCUUCACUGCCACCUUCCAAGCAGGCCAAUAAGAACUUAAUAUUGAAAGCUAUCUCUGAAGCUCAGGAAUCAGUCACAAAGACAACUAAUUAUGCUACAGUCCCACCAAAGCAGACAGUUCCUGUGGCUCCCAGAACCCGGAUCUCUCAUGAGGAAGCCCUCUUGGAAGCAAUUCAUGGCCAGGGCCGUGCACCUAGAGUGACCUCCCAGAUGCUAGAAGAAGAGCCAAGGGAACAAGUGUUGGGGAAAAUUCCAGGAACCCAGCAAAGGCAGCUCUUUUCUCGUCUACAGAGUGAACCAGGCUUUGAAGAGACCUUAGAGAAGGCCCAAGAUUAUUAUGACUUGGAAUCCAUGAUCCACACAGAUACCAGAUCAUUUAUCCUGAAAAAACCCAAACUGUCUGAAGAGGUCAUGGUGUCUCAGAACACAGAAGUGGGAAACAGGACCACAGAUGUCUUGCAGGCCAUUUCAGGGCGGCUUAUACAGACACGAGAGCAGCUUGGCCAAGGAGAGAAGCCUGCCAGUCCCAAGUUCAUUGUCACCUUGGAUGGAGUCCCCAGCCCUCCAGGGUACUUGUCAGACCAAGAGGAGGAGGAACAAAGUCUCAUGGAAGGAGUCAGGCCUCUUCCCUCCAGAUCAACAGCCAGCAAGGGAUUAAGAAGUCUUCGUGCACAGCAGAUGCACAUUAUAUCCAGACAGCUGGAGACUGCUGAUGUAGAGAUGGAAGAGGUGGGUGCCCUACACAAAGCAGAAAAAGUACUUGAGCGUUGCAAGUACUGGCCUGCCUGCAAAAAUGGAGAUGAGUGUGCCUUCCAUCAUCCCACACUGCCAUGCAAAGUCUUUCCGAACUGCAAGUUUGCUGAUAAGUGCUUGUUCAUCCAUCCAAACUGUAAAUAUGAUGCCAAGUGCACCAAGCCAGACUGCCCUUAUACUCAUGCCAGUAGGCGGACCCCACUGCCAUCUCCUAAACCAGCACCACCACCAGUACCACAAGCAUCUUCUACCAGCCAGCUUUGCCGAUUUUUUCCUGCUUGCAAGAAAAUGGAAUGCCCUUUCUACCAUCCUAAACAUUGUAGGUUUAACACCCAGUGUACCAGAGUAGACUGCACAUUUUACCAUCCUGCCGUUUCUGUACCACCACGUCAUGCCUUGAAAUGGACUCGAACCCAAACUAGUGAAUAAUUUACACAUUUAUGAUAGAAGAAUACUGACCGAUGGAAUAAGAUGCUGUAAAGGUUUUCACAUAUACCAGGCCUUUGAAUAUAUAUUGUUUCUGAAAUGAAGUUGAUUGGAUACUUGAAAUAUUAUAAUUUUCAAAACUUGUAUAUUUAAUAACUGGUUUUACAUAUUUUUUACUGUAAAAUAAGUCUGUAGGGAAGAAGAUUUGCUUUAACCUUAAAUAAAAAAACAUGUCCAAGCAAGGAUUUAUCCUG